AUCCCCAUAUCAGCUGCAAUACGGUAGCAACAGGCAGGCCGUCCUGUGCGCUUUGCUUAACUUUUCCCGCCUCGAGCGGCGCCGAGGAGAGUUCCCGCUCCGUUUUGACUUUGAGGGAGUCUUUUCCAGUUUGCUAGGGGGGAAGUAAACUCCCUCUCUUGUCCUGCAUCAGCUGACUCCCCCCCCCCCAAAUAUAUAUCUAUAUAUUUUUUAAAAAAAACUGUGAUGAGGGUUGCUUGGAGAGAGUCGGAGGAGGGCUUUCUUUCCUCGACAGGGGCUGCCCGGUUGCUUCUGCUCCUCGGCUGCUGCGCGACGGGCGGGCAGCCCUACAACCUGGACCCGCGGAGCGCGCUCGUCUUCCCGGGUCAGAACGGGACACUCUUCGGUUACUCGGUGCUGCUGCACAGCGUGGGAAGCAGCAGAUGGCUUGUAGUGGGAGCUCCGAAAGCCAAUUGGCUUACAAACAGCUCCGUGGUGAAUCCAGGGGCGAUUUUCCGGUGCCAAAUUGGGAAUAAUACUAGGAGAGAUUGCGAAAUACUCCAAUUGGGUGACCCAAAAGGAGAGAAGUGUGGGAAAACCUGUAUAGAAGAAAGAGACAAUCAGUGGAUGGGCGUGAGUUUGUCUAGGCAGCCAGGAGAAAAUGGAUCCAUUGUUGCCUGUGGACACCGAUGGAAAAAUGUAUAUUACAUCUCAGCGCACAAAUUUCCCUACGGCAUUUGUUAUGAGAUACCUUCCAAUUUUCGGACGCUGCUGAGUCGAAGAAUAUGUCCUUGCUAUACGAAUUACUGGAACAAAUAUGGAGACAAAUACGGAUCAUGCCAGGCUGGGAUAGCAUCAUUUUACACAGAGGAUUUAAUUAUUAUGGGAGCUCCAGGAUCAUAUUAUUGGACUGGAUCCAUCUUUGUAUACAAUAAAACAGCAAAUACCUACCUUUCAUACGUAGACGACAAUAAUCAAGUAAAGUCUGGGAGUUAUCUAGGCUACUCUGUUGGAGCUGGUCGUUUCCUGUCGCGGAAUAGUUCUGAAGUAAUUGGCGGUGCACCCCAACAGGAGCAGACUGGUAAAGCAUACGUUUUUAAAAUUGAACAGAAAAAGCUUUCAAUUUUGUCUGAAUUAAAGGGCAAAAAGCUUGGUUCUUAUUUUGGAGCUACUGUCUGCGCUGUGGAUCUCAAUGGGGAUGGGCUCUCAGACUUACUGGUUGGCGCCCCAAUGCACAGUAAAAUCAGGGAAGAAGGAAGAGUGUAUGUUUACAUCAACUCAGGCUCCGGAGGGAAGAUGCUAGAGCUGGAGACGGCACUGGCUGGGAAUGAUUUGUACGCAGCGAGGUUUGGAGAUGCCAUUGCCAAUUUAGGAGACAUGGAUAACGAUGGCUUUGAAGAUGUAGCUGUUGGGGCUCCACAGGAAAACGAUUUGGAGGGCGCAAUUUACAUAUACAAUGGCAGGAAAGAUGGGAUAUCACCAACCUUCUCACAGAGGAUACAAGGACAUCAGAUCAGCAACAGUUUACGAAUGUUUGGUCAGUCUAUAUCUGGGAGAAUUGAUGUAGACAACAAUGGGUAUUCAGAUGUUGCAGUUGGCGCUUUCCUGUCAGACUCUGCUGUACUGCUGAGGACAAGGGCAGUCGUCAUUGUUGAAGCAUCCUUAAAACAUCCUCCCUCAGUAAAUCAAACUAAACUGGACUGUGUGUUAAAUGGACAGCCAGCUGUUUGUGUGCACCUGACACUUUGUUUUAGCUAUAAUGGCCGAACUGUUCCAGGUUACAUAGUAUUGCUUUAUAAUCUAAGCCUGGAUGUUCGCAGGAGGUCAGAUACUGCAGCAAGGUUUUAUUUUUCCUCUAAUGGUACAUCUGAAACGACUUCUGGAAGCAUCAGCAUCUACAACAGCAACAAUGUUACUUGCACAAUUCACCAAGCAUUCAUGAGGAAAAAUGUGAGGGAUAUCUUGACUCCUAUACAAGUUGAAGCCACCUACCACCUUGGAGAAAAUGUUCUAAAGAAUCAAAGUUCAGAGGAACUCCCACCACUCCAGCCAGUUCUUCAACAACGAACUGAGGAUGAUGUCAUACGCAGCAAGUUCAUGUUUGCAAGAUUUUGCUCUCAAGAAAAUUGCUCUGCUAACUUGCAAGUUUCUGGAAAACUUGCAUUCCCGAGGCCUCAUGAAAAGAAGCCCUACCUUGUAGUGGGAAGUACGAGGGUACUGAUGUUGAAUGUUACCUUGUACAAUGCUGGCGAUGAUGCCUACACAACUGCCCUCCAUAUCCAGCUCCCCAAAGGGCUUUAUUUCACCAAAAUUCUACAGCAGGUAAGAAAGGAGGAAGCCCAAAUACUUUGUGAAGUGUCGGAAACAGAAAGUCAUGCGGUGAGACUCGACUGCAGUGUGGGGCAUUUAUAUGUAGAUCACCUGUCAAAGAUGGAUUUCAGUUUUGGGUUGGAUGCAAGCUCACUUAGCAGGGCAGGAGAUGACCUCAGCAUCAGCAUUAAUGUGACCUGUGAAAAUGAACUGGGCACUGACACAUUGUUGGAUAACAGCCUAAUUUUAACAUUGCCUCAGAAGCAUGAGGUUGAGCUGAGUGUUCAUGGAUCUGUAUCUCCAUCGUCAUUUGUUUAUGGACCCAGUGAGGAAAAUUCACCAGUUACCUGCGUAAAGGAGACGAUAAACUUCACUUUCCAUGUCAGCAAUCCGGGACUAAGCAUGGCUCCUGGUGUAAGCCUGGUGAUACAGAUACCCAAUUCUUUUGUUCCUAGAGAAAUCAAGUUGUUUAAUAUUCUGGAUGUCCAGACAACUGAUGGAAACUGUACAUACAAGAAGCAUAUAAGAGACUGUACCUUGCCAGAGACAAAUGGAAAUAUAUUGCAAGAUCUCAUUACAUUCUUUACGAAGCUUGAUAAGAGGGGGCUGUACUGUAUGAAAGAUGACUCAUUCUGUUUGCAAAUAUUUUGCAAUUUUGGGAAUAUGGAAAACGGGAAAGAAGCAACUGUUCACGUUCAGCUGGAAGCAACUCCUUCAGUGUUGAAUAUGGACGCAGCUUCAGCACUUACAUUUGAAGUAAAAGCGAGUGUUUCAGCAGAUCAGAAUCCUAAAGUCAUUGAACUGCACAAGGACAAGCAAACAACAUAUGUCAUUCUGGAGGGACUUCAUAACCAAAAACCAAAACCGAGUGUAACAAUGUUGCUCAUUGGAAUGGGUUCACUAGUUGGAAUUGCUUUGCUUUUGAUUCUUGCACAUAUUUUAUGGAAGGUUGGUUUCUUUACAAGAAAAUAUAAACUUCUUCCUCGAGAACAGAAUGGAAGAGAAAGCUGGAGCUUUAUAAACAGCAAACAAGAGGACACCAGUGACAAUGAUUAAAAGUUAUUCUACAUAGUACAUGAAUAAUAAUUUUUUUCAACCGAAGGCACCAUUUGCAAGAAUUGACAAGUCAUAAAUCCUUGCCAUAGAUAUAUCCAAGUGAAAAGAAAGAUUUCGCCGUUCUCAGCUUCCUACAAUACAAAUCGUAGGAUGUCUGAAGAAAAAUGGCAAAUAGAAGCAACACCACCAAUGAUGAAGAAAACCCAGCGAAAACACUAUGGAAGAGCAACUACUUGCUAAAAAACGAAUUUUGGCCAGUUGAAUCAUACUUGAAUUAAGAGUGCAUAGUUCCAAUGCCCAGGGAUUCAGCUGAAUAUAUAAAAAGGAACAACAUUAUGAACAGGCUUGGGAUGCAGCAACUAACUGUACAUUUUUAUAUGAUUAAAAACGCACAGCUUUUUUUCUUCUAUCUAUAUCAGAGCUUAAGUUAUCUAACGUACAUCCGUAUGAAAGGGACCCUACUAAAUUAGAUGAAUUUGGUCAUCUGCAUAAUCAGUGUAUGGCCUUUUUCUUCCCCAUAUUAUCAUGGACUUGUAGGGCUGCAAACAAAUUGGGCAUUUUUCCAGGGGAAACCUGGACCCAAGACACAACACGAGCACAGCCGUUUCACCCUCCUCUACCCCAACAUGUGCAUGUGAAAUUGAUCUUUGUGCCACAACACAGCAUCUACUUUCUGAAGGUGACAGCGGUUUAGGAGUAAAUCCAAGACCCUGGCCCUUUCCCUGGCGAUGGUGGAUGAGAUUCAGCACAGGAUUUUGAGAUGGCCCUGUCCCCAAACUCCCUGACAGGAGAGGUUUCCAUCUCUCCAGCAUUUCAGAAGCUUGGCUAUGUCUGCCCCUUAUGAAACUCAAGACUGCAGGAUCCUUACCGAAUAGGAGGAAUUUUUAUUCACAAGACAGCUGUCCCAACCAAAGAAGCCCCACCACCUAUGCAGAGCUCACCUUCUGUGAAAUGAAGCUGCGUGUGUUCAUAGAAUAAAACCUUGAGAUCCAGGCAUCUAUGAUUAUUAUUAUGUGCAGUCUUUAGAUUCCAGUUUAACAUAUAUAAUUUUAAUUUGGAUGUUCUAAUUGGAUAUACUGAAGUAAUUAUUCUCCCACUGACUUCUUUAAUCAGGGAAAUGUAGCAGUCACAUUCCUUUCAUUCUAUUUAUUUUGUUUAAGAGCAGGUUUAUAUAAAGAAGUCUGAAAUAAUAUUUAGAGCAGAUUUUGUUGU